AUGACAAAGAAACCUAAAAUAUUAGUUCUUUCAACUGAUUUAAAGACUAGAAAAUUAACACCCAGAAGAAUUAGGGUUGCUGUUGCUUGUCUUUCAUGUAGAAAAAAGAAGAGAAGAUGCGAUGGAAAUCAACCUUGUUUAUAUUGCCAUAGAAAUCAUUUGAACUGUGAAUAUUUAACUUCUUCUUCUGCAAAUCCAAAUACCACAGAUACUAAUAGUAUGAAUAAUAUUCUAAAUAAAUCCAAAAAAAUAUCAAACUCUAUUCAGGCUGAGAAUAAUAUCAUCGAAAGUAAUAAUAUUUUGACAGUAACAACUGUUUCAAUACAAAAUAAUUACUCUGAUACAUAUACAUCAAACAAUAUUUCAAAAUUUGAAAAAUCACAGCAUAAUAAUCCAUCAUUUUUUGAUAAUUCUAUUCACAGUGAACAAGCAGAAGAAUCUUUAGAAGAACAUUCUAGAAUUUUGCUUGAUAAUAAUAAAAAGAUAUCCCACUCACCUCCUACAGUAUAUCCACAUGAUACGAUAGAUUAUAAAAGAAUAGUGGAAACUUUAUUCACAAAGGAAAAUUUACAAAAUAUUAUAAGAUAUUGUCAUCAAAAUGACAAGAAGAAGGAUAUCAACGAAUUUUUAAUAAAAUCAAUUGAUAAGAAUAUCAACAAAGAUAAUUUUUUAAAUCUAAAUGAAAUUAGAAUGAUCAAUCAAUCUAUUUUACCACCAAAACAUAUCGCAUUAAAAUUGAUUUUGAAGACAUGGAAUUAUGCAUGUGUAUUAUUUAGAUUCUAUCAUAGACCUACAAUAAUUAAAAUAUUAUAUUCCUUAUAUGAAGAUAACGGAUACCCCAAAAGUAUUAACGAGAGCAGAGCAGAAGCAUUAAUCUAUGCUGUGUUAGCAGUGGGUGCACUAUUUUCAAAAGAUGAUCAUUUGGAGACAUAUGAUUCAAAUAUAAAAAAAGAAUAUUAUGGUGAUGAAGGCUUAAAAUUUUUCAUCAAAUCGAAAUCAUUGAUUGAUUUUGCUGAUGUUUCAGAUCUAUAUUCAAUUCAGACCCUUUUCAUGUUAACAUUGUUUUUACAAUGUUCUGCCAAUUUAAAGUCGUGUUACCAUUAUAUUGGAAUUGCAUUAAGAAGUGCAAUAAAGGAAGGUUUGUAUAAAAAUUCUUCUUUGACAGGCCCAACACCAAUUGAAAAUGAAACAAAAAAAAGAUUAUUCUGGUCUAUAUAUAAGGUAGAUAUAUAUAUGAAUUGUAUUCUAGGGUUGCCUUCUAGUAUGAAUGAGGAUAAAAUUGAUCAAGAACUGCCCUUAGAUGUGGACGAUGAAAGAAUCACACCGAAUGGAAUCAUUGAAUCUCCAAAUAAAACUGGUUUUGAAAAGAUAAGUAGUUGCGGUAUAAACAAUGAACACACUAAAUUAUUAUUGGUGAUGUCUAGAAUCUAUGACUAUACUUCACAAUUAACGCUUUCCAAAAUUUUACAUAAAACAGAAUUAAUAAAAAAUAUUCAUGACUUGGAAUUACAACUGGAAAACUGGUAUAAACAACUACCAUCUGCUUUAAAACCAACAUAUAAGAUGAAGACAGAUGACGAAAGGGAUUACUAUUUAAAGCCACAGAAAUUGUUACAGUUAGACUUUUUAUUAACUAAAUUGACUCUUUAUAAACCUUUUUUCCAUUUCAUAACUUUGAAUUCUGACGAUUAUCCCAAUUUGAAGUUUCAAAUUAGAAUGUCUACUAAUUGUAUCAAGAUAUCAAUAGAAAUUAUUCGCCUAUCAUAUGAUAUGAUCAAUAUGGAUUUACUUAGUGGAACCUAUUGGUAUUCCAUUCAUACUAUCUAUUACAGUUUUGCAUGCCUAACAAUUUAUAAAUACCAAUUAAAAGAACGUAGAAAUCCCAAUGAUGAAAAACUAAGUGAAAUUGAAAAUGUUUGUAAUUUAGGUUAUAAAAUUUUGAUUGAAUUGCAAAAUUAUUCGAGUGCUGGUAAAAGAAUUUUAAAAGUUCUAGAAUUAAUAUUCAAACAAUUCAAUGAUAAAUUUUUAGAGCUAAAUCAACAAUUGAUUAACAAUUUGCAAUAUUUUAAAAAUAAUAACCAUCAUCAUAGUAUUCAUCACCAAAUAACAAAAAAAUUUAAUGUUAAUCAUCACCAUAAUAACCGGAUAGGUGCCUUACAAGGCAGUGAUAAUCAUGCUACAAACAAUAGUAACUAUCACAACUAUUUUAAUAUAAAUUUUGUGGGUGUAAGUGGCCAAAAUGAUGAUACAUCCUUUGUGGAACAUGUAAACAACAAUAAUAAUAACAAUAACAGCCAUAAUAGUCAUAUCCAUUUAACCAAUGAUAACAAACAUAUAAAUAAUCAUCCUAUAGGCAUAAACACGGAUGCCUAUGAUAAUAAUAGUAAUCUAUUAGUGAAUCCAGAUAAUAACACAGAUUUCAUUUUUAAUUCACAAAAUUUUUUAAACAAAUUGUUAGAAGAAUUAGAAUUAGAUAUUUAA